AUGCUGAACUCGUCAAAGACAUGUAACAAUGACAUGCUGUUUACGCCGUGGUCGUUCGACCCGCACUCAGGGCCCGCCCCGCACGAUCUCCCCAGUGACGACAACCAGGGACUUGGAGACCUGUUUAGCGCAAGCGGAGUUCCUAACCUUAAGUCGGAGCAAUAUCCUGCUUUCAGGAACAGCAUCUUCACGCCGGAUCUAUACUUGUCUUCCAUCGACUUUGGCCUCCCCGGCGAUUUGUUGGCUUCGAGGCAAGUGAACUAUCCGGAUGGGCGACAUUUCCCUUGCGAAUACGACGGUUUCGCCAACAUGGACCCGUCAAAUCUUGCCAGGCUCGAUCAUUGCAUGACGAAUGUCGAGAACAACAUUGAUAUUUACCAGCAGUUGUUGGAUACUACCUUUUCUAUGUUCGAUCAAUCCGCGCCUUGGGACCAACCGGGAGCGUGGCAGCCCACUUCUGCCGCUUCCUCUUGCUCCUCAGCUAGUACCCUGGAUGCCUCGGCUGGAUUCCACACUCCGAGUUCAUCCCCUGCUGGUGACCAUGAGGAAUCAUCCGACCCCCAACAGAGCCAGAGGAAAAAUGUAUUAUAUCCCCCUAUCCUUUCCGUGUUGUAUUGCUGCUUCUACGUACCUAUUCACAUACCCGCCCCUUCUCCCUUCGCCUUCCCCAAUCCUACCCUCCCAAUCGUGUCAUUCCAACCAAAACACCAUGAAGAAGAAGAAGUCAGAAGAAGACCCCAAGAUCGCGUCCCUAACAAUAUCUUUUUUUCUGAUUGAAAUAGAGCUCCUCGGAGAGCAGUGAUGGUGAACCGCGAAACAACAACUCCUGCAAGAAGAAAAGGCAACGGAAGCGGUUUACGCCAGAGCUGAAGAAGGAAACGCACAUGACUAGAAUAACGGGUGCUUGCUUACCAUGUUGGAAAAACAAAAAAAGGGUACUAACCCCCUUCAAUUCGUGUUGCUAUCUUUGACCCCCCCUCCCCUCAGUCGGUUCCGUCUCGGGAUGAGGGGACGAAGGGAGAUGUGAAGGAGGAGGGAGAAAAGGAGAAGAAAAGGAGAAGAAGAAACUAACGUGCAUGGUUUCAGUGCAUCAGAGUGUCGGAGGCUUGCUGCAAGUAUUGUGAAUCAAUCUUCUCCAAGAUACCCAACAUCCCAUGCUUCCGUGCCCGCAUGACAGAAUCGGAACUGUUCCGACGAGGUAACUUCUUGUCCAAGCCCUCUCUUAAACUUUGCCUCACCUUAGCCCGCAUUUCUACCCACCCUACCCUACCUACUACGUCACUGCUUCAUCUGAUAUAUACAUAUGCGCUAACAUAAUGCUGCAUCACAGGUCCGACUGAAGAGUUUCUGUGGACUCGCAGGCGAUGGUUGAAGGCCUCGCCGAAUGAUAGGACUGUAUGGGCUUCGCCGGCGAAGGAAUUCACGGUUACUCAAGGGAUGGGACUUACGCUAAAUCUGAUGGCGAAACAAUAUAAACCUCUGCCGGAUGAUAGGGACAAUUAUACAUGGAUCGAUCAGAAUGGUGAGGUGGCAGCAUUGGCCUGUCCGCCCUAUGCGAUAUCAGAUAUCGACCGUGCUCAGGGGACUAUCAACCGAUAUGUAGAGGACAAUAUUUUCAGGUAUAUUCAGGAACAUGUCAGUUCGAACGUGAUACUGUGGGAAUCUUUCUCUAUGGCGCUUCGGAUGAGUAGCGCUAAAGGCGUAUGCCCGCCCUGUGUCGACAUAUCUGUCCAAAAGCUGACCAAAGAUAGUCAUCACUGCUCCGCAAUGCUCUGAAGUUAUGGGUUGGCAGUCGUAUAAUUGAAACGCCGUGGUCGAUAACUGGAAACGAGACUUUUGGAAUGACAACUAAUAUGGAGGAGGGAAGUCCUUAUUACGGCAAGAUCCCAGUGACGCCAAUAAUGGACUUCCAGAUCGAUAAUAUUACCAUCCACCAGCUGCUCAUCCCGCUGCGCAAAAAGUUAUUGCAGGAAUUGCAGCGAAAGGUGCUUAAUAACAAGCCGGAGGAUUUCCUGGAGAUUUACUUGACGAUUUUCAUACUCCUGCACAACAUGGAGUUGACAAUCGCACAUGACAGGUGGUUCGCCAUGCGGUACAGUCUUCAGAAUCGUUUCUCAAAUUACCACUUAAUCGACGCCGUUUUCCAAGGAGCAAACAUCUUGUUGGCACAUUUCCACCACGUAAGCAAAGGCUACGCACCAUUCUCGAUCGACUGGGAGUCAGGCGAAACAAUAGUCCUAGCCAAGUCCAACGAGGAGGAGGUUCGCUACAUGAAGGAUGUAAUCCAAGCGACUAAGCGUCAAGGCAUGUCAUAUCUCGUCAUAUAUAAAUUUUAUAUUACACCGUAUCUGCCGCAUAGGACCCUAGCUCGUUACCCCUCUCCCGCCCCACUUUGUUCCAAAGCAGAAUGACUGACCAGUGCACGGGCGAAUAUAGAGAGUGGCUUGAAAAUGCUACGCGAAAAAGAGAUAUACGAAGACAGCAUGUACUGGUGUUCUCAGCUGUUCUUCCCGGGCUGGAAGCCGGUGAAUGCGCCGACGCCCUAAUAGUGGUCCAUUUCCCAUGUUGCGAGGAACAACCCGGAUGUGCGCCAGAGGCAUGGAGUUCGGGGCCAGGUUGCUCGUAGCACUAUGUGUGGAGGUGGUCGUGGCCGUUUGUGAUGUGGUCGCUGCGGAUGUGGUGGUGGAUUUGACUGAUUUCGAUUGGGUGCUUAUUAUGGGAUGGUGUGUGGGAGUGUGUGGGGUGGUGGUGGGGUUUUGAUUAAGGGUGGGAGGAGCUGGAUGGAUGAAUGGACUGUUGCAGCUGUGGUUGGUUAUCAGCGAUGCGUGCUUGCUUCUACCUGCGUAUUGGUAUGGAUGAUUUCGGUACUUAGAAAACGGGUAGAUGGAGUUGGUGUAUUUUAAAUUUUCUGGAGCAGCGGGCGGUUCUCUUCAUUUCUUCAUUUAUAUCUUUACCCUCUCUUUUUGCUUCUCUUACUGUUCUUUUUUGUCUAUUCUUCUCUUCUCUUCGUAUUCAUAUUACCAUGUUCGCAUUUGGUUGAAACCGUUUCACUCUUUUUCUUUUACCUUCCCCUUUUACUAUUAUUAUUAUCUUGAUAGUUUCUUUAUUAUUGUCCCCCCCCCCCCCACUUUUGAAAUUUUUGUCUUGAACUGGGUUUCGAUUCUAGGGCCAAAUGGGGCUUAUUCCAUCUGUCAUUUUCCUCCUUGGUACUUACUUUUUCCUCGCUUUCGCUUCCAUUCUACACCUUUAUUACCGGUAGCGUAGCCUUCAUUUCGAUCACUACCAGCGUUGGCGGAAUGGGAAGUAUUUGGUUUUUCCCCCUGUUCUAUUCUUCCUCCCCCCUUCCUCCCUCCUCCUGCCUUCUUUUUUUCUUUUAACCGAAGCGAGGGCCGUUCGUUCCCCAAUCGGCACCACCCCCUCCCUUUUUUAUCUUCACCGUCAUUAGCAUCAUGAUCCUCAUUAUCGUUGAGUCGUGUACCGUAGCAGACGGAGGGGAGCGGCAGAGGAGAGGAGGAAAGGGGAACAGACAGACAAAUUCAAAAAAAUUUACCAGUUCAUUU